AUGCCCAAGAUCUACAAGCCAGGAAAGGUCGCUGUCGUCCUCCAGGGCCGUCACGCCGGUAAGAAGGUCGUCGUCAUCAAGCAGUACGAUGACGGCACCAAGGAGAAGGGCUUCCCCUACAUCAUCGCCGCCGGCAUUGAGCGAUACCCCCUGAAGGUGACGCGCAACAUGGGCAGCAAGAAGCUGGCCAAGCGCUCCAAGAUCAAGCCCUUCAUCAAGGUGAUCAACUACAACCACCUCAUGCCCACCCGAUACGCGCUCGAGCUCGAGGGCCUCAAGGGCCUGGUCUCGAAUGACACGUUCAAGGAGCCCUCGCAGCGCACCGACUCGCUCAAGCAGAUCCGCUCGAUCUUCGAGCAGAAGUACCAGAGCGGCAAGAACAAGUGGUUCUUCACUCCCCUCCGAUUCUAA